ACAGAGGCUGAGGCUGUAACAUAGCAACAGUGCCUGCGAAAUCAACAACAUGGCGACACCUCGGGAGCGAGAAGCUGCUAGCUAUCUCGAAAAACACAAAAUCCUCGAUCUGAUGGAUAACUUAGCUAGCAUGCUGUUUUUCCACAGACCAGAAAGGCCUCGUGAGUUUUUGAUAUCCCAACUUGAAAUGCUGAAAGUAACCAGAAUGAGAACCGCGGACAGCCCCUGUCUUUUCAAUGACUCCAAUUUAGAAGCAAUUUUUGGAAUUCUCGAUCCCCCGAGGCAAGGAUAUAUCACUCUUGCACAGUACAAAGAAGCACUGAAAACACUGGGAAUUAAAACAUUUGAUGAAUCUCCGGAAGGUUGUGAAUUCAACAGAAUAUCACAGGAUACAUUUAAGAAAGAGGCGAAGGAUGGCUUAAUGAAGUGUUCUGCAACUUUUAAAGUUUAAGCUCUACAGUUCUCUCUUUAGAGGGUGUGACUUCAGAUGGAAUAGUUUUUUAUUUUACAAACAACUUAUUUAAAGUUACAUAUAAUCUCUAAAUGGUGUACUUUAAAUUUAUUUUUUGUACAGCAUUUUCCCCCAUUUGGGGCAUUCUUUACACGUAUUGUAAGAUUGUGAAAAUUAGUUAAUUCUGAGCUUCUAACCCAUGCAAAACAAAUUACUUUUUGGCUUUUCCCAGUAUUGCUAGUACAAGUAGAUAAAUCCUGAGCAGUUAUUUCCAUCACCUCUCUCUCUCAUUCCCUCCCCAAAAAAGAAACCACAUUCAUUAAAUGUAUUAUGUAUGAAACAUAAAUGUUGUCAUGGAGCUUAAAUAUAAACCAAUAUUUUUAAAAUUGAUACACUUUUGUUAGAGAUAUAAAUAUAUUAUUAACCUUAGUGCUGUUCUGAUGUUGUAAUUGAAAGUAAACUUAUUGACCUGACUGAAA